UGACAACAAUGGCGGCCUUGGGCAAGGUUCGGAGGAGCCCUGGAAGAUUUCUUAUCGAAAUUAUCGAUUAAUGUCAACAAACAUUCGCCACUGAGACAGCGGGACCUGCGAUGACUCUCGCCACCACGUCAGCGGCCACAGCCGUCACCAUGGCGAUGCCGACGCCCAGCAGUACGCAGGACGGCGGCGAGGAGCGGCGCAUCAACUCCUACCUGUUCGACGACCCCAGGAAAAAGUCCCGCAACUACCUGGACACCCACAAGAACAUCGAGAAGAAACGCAGAGACCGUAUCAACUCUAGUCUCACGGCGCUCAAGUCCAUAAUUCCCGAGUGUAAGGCCUACGGUAAGAAAAAGCUAGACAAGGCGGAAAUACUGGAAAUGACGUUGUCCUACUUGGACAAAAUACAUAGUAGCGGUUUUACCUUAAAGAAGGAGGAGCAACAGACGCCAGGGAACUGGGCGAAACAGCUCAUGCAAUGGGUACACCAGGAGAAAAAGAACUUCCACACCGUAGAUGAGUUUGUGAACGCGUUACUUACGCACUUGCAGACGUGCGUCGUCAGCGGGAGUUUCGCUCCCGUGGAUCUCAAGGGUAUGCUGCAGGGUACGUCUGGGCAGGAUACGCCGCUGUCGCAGUCUGUCGUCACGUGCCAAGCUCAGCCGGCUGUCACCAGUAACGUGAACACGGCCGGUGUGGCGAGCACAUCUAGCCAAAGUCAGGUCACCGCCAUUUCUUCCCUGUCCCAGUCUCCAGCCUGCACGGUGACCAGUGCUACCUCAGGAAGCCAACAGAAUGGACUGAUGCGCGCGCGCCCCCCUCCCCCACCCAACAUCACACCCGCCAUUUUCCUCCAAGCGACCAGUUUCCAGGCCCGUCUGCGGGCUCAAGCCGCAUCGCACGUCUCCUCGGCACCGACCAUGCAGCAACAAGUGUUCCCCUCGGCCGCUAUAAUUCUACAGCCUCAGCAACAACAACAACAACAGGCUAUGACCCCCCAACAGGUCAUCAACGUGGCGCAGCCCAUCGACCUCACCCAGCAGUGCUCCAAGCAGAGGGACGUCCUCGACCUUCGGAUGACCUCCCAAGGUCGCGAGCAGCUCGUGGCGUCCAAUCAGUGCAUCCAAAGACUUCAGCAGCUCAUCGACCAGCACAGCAUGCAAGAACAGAGCCUCAUGCAGGUGCAGCCUCCGAAUGUGCAGAUGCCAAAUGCGGUGCCAUAUGUAGAGUCCACAACAAGCCAGCCUCCGGCUUACACACAGAACAUGGGAGGAAAUUUACAAUCAAAUGACCUUUCCUUCAUAAACAGUUCUUCACAAGCCUACAUUCUUGCCGAGCUCCCAGCGGGAGUGCUGUUGCAAGAUAGAAUGCUUGGCUCGGUAGGGGAGAUGCUGUCUGAUGGAACGGCCAUGGAUACUGUCCCAACUGUCCCUUCCAAUGAUAGCGACGCUAGCUACCACAACCCAGAACAGCUCCAAGUGCCAGGCAUAGGGGAGUCACCAGUCACAGAGUUCGUGGACCCCAGCACUCUCCAAGUGUCUGCUGUAGUAGACGACUCAGCUCUUAUGGGGACCCCCGACCUCCCCUCCUGGAGUAACAGCCCAAUCAGUGCCUUGGAACAGGCUCCAACAUGACCAAAGGUUCAAGUACUGGGUUCCAAAGUCUCCAUGGCUAAUACUGCACAAUCAUCGCUACUGUAAAGAUAGAAAGUUUAGUGCAAUUCUCUUCUACAGGUUCAGUCUCUGGUAUUGUAGAUGAAGUUUUUUUUCAUAAGGCCAUGUUGAUUUGAUUGUAUGGAAGACAUCUUCAUGUGCAUGAUUUUUCAUCCAUUUUUAAAAGGAAAAGUUUUCCAUCGUACAAUGCAGCUGCAAAAUG